ACGCCCCGGAACGACGGCUGGAUCUCGACGCCAUGUCUGGCACGACGAAGCUCAUUUUAGUCCCACUCGGUGUAGGUGCGCCUCGGAAACGCUGAAAUUACUCUAGAGUCAGAGUAGUGCGGUUUGCUGGUACUGGAACGCAGUGGAACUGGAUAGUCGAGGAUCAGUGCGCAUUGCCAUAUUUUAUUCGAGUGCGCUUCGAGGUUUCGAGGAGAAACUGUUGUGGCUUAGGCGUGGCUGCUUGCGUCGAUAGUGCUUAUUUAUGCUGUCUGGUGCACAGUUAAUUCUCUGGAUAAUUGAGCGUGGGGGCAUUUUCGAGUUCACAGUGUAGUGCAGGGGCGGUUGAUUGGGUGUCUGCGAGUGUUGAAACUGGUUUCGAAUAGAGGUGAAUAGUAUUUGGAAGCUGCCUCAGGGACAGGCAUCGCCAGUUCGGCGUUUGGAGGAGUGGAAACAAUGGGUCUUGUGUAAGCGUUGAAGUAAUCCAUGGGCUUCGGCAAGGGCCGUUGAAGUGAGACAGCAGGUUGAAGAGGUUGGCGUAACAGUGACUCUUUUUGCAAUUUAAAGUCUGAUUCUCGGACUUUGAUAUCAACUAGCCUAGAAUUUUUCAUUUUGAUCUGUGUCGAAGCUGCAAGAAGUUCUGGGACGUUGUGGAGCUCUACAAGUGGCUUGUGCAUUGAAUGCGUAUCCUUGCAUGCUUUUAGCAGUAUCUGUCUGGGACCACGAGUGCACGGAACCGAGCAAGUUCUAAGAGGCUGUUUCAUUAUUCAAAGAGAUCUUUCCUUGCGUUUGACUCGCGGCAUCUUGAAUAAAGUUUGUUCUUUCCGAAAGCACUCCGCACAGCCGAUUCGGGAUUUUUCAAGAAGGUUCAGUGUUUGAUUUCAGAAUAUAUCAAAGUUUGCGAAAUUCGUUAUUUCAUUAAAUUCUGCGGCAAGAGAUAGCGGGAGCACUCUGAAGCCGACUGAUCCCGAAGCUGACGAUGAAGGCUCACUGCUUUGGUUGCAAAAGAGCAGUGGUUCGUGCGCAGGCCUUAACUGGAUUUACCUUCGGAUGAAGCCCUCGCAAUAGUAGAGUGAGGCUGUCCGUUUGGGAUAUAGCAUUUGGCGAAUCAUGGGAAGUUGUUUUUCUACCUUCGCCUUUAGGGCAUAUUUAGAAAGUAGCGUUGGAGCAUGGCCGUGAAGCUUUGGAGCGGCAAGGGCGAGUAAGCGAGGUUCAAGAUGUUUUACUCGCAGUUGAUAUUGGCGAAAAAGGGUCCGCUGGGGACCAUAUGGAUAGCUGCUCAUUUGGAGCGCAAGUUGCGGAAGAAUCAGGUCACGGAAACAAAUAUUAGCGUAUCCGUCGACUCCAUUUUGUUCCCGGAAGCUCCUAUUGCUCUGAGGUUGUCUGGGCACUUGCUGCUGGGUGUAGUUCGGAUUUACUCCCGAAAGGUGAACUACCUGUUCCAUGACUGCAGCGAAGCGCUAACAAAGAUCAAGCAGGCGUUUCAGGCGGGGGCUGUGGACCUUCCGCCGGAGUCGUCGACAGCUCCAUUUCAGGCGAUCACUCUGCCAGAAAGUUUUGAUCUUGACGAGUUCGAGCCUCUUGUGGAAAGGGUUACGGAUGACCAUGUCACUACCCGCGAACUCAUAACGCUGCAAGAUCGGAUGGAGGAAUAUCGGAUCGACUUUGACCGGUUGGACCAGAUGGAGGCCAUGGAUUUGGAGCAGUUGCAGCCGAUGCCCCCAGCUCCUCCUUCCAUGGUAGGAGUGGAGGAAGAACUGGUAGAGGUUCCGGAACCUGAAGCGGAAGAGGUUCCGGAAGUGGAGAUGCUCCGGGCUACAGUGGUUGCGCCGGCUGAGCAGCCCACUGAUCUGUUCGCUCUUGAAAGGGAAACGGCGAGGUUGAGGAGGGACGUAUCAGCCAGGGUCACCGUUGAACCGAUGGAGCAGCCGUUGGAGGUUGCUGAGAUUGCGGAGGAACUGCGAGAAAUCUCAGUAGAAGCGAUCCCUGGCCUGAUAUCACCGAGGAGGCCCAGUCUUGAGCUACCAGGCGAUGAAGAUGUGCUGGCAACAUUUUUAGGGGCCAGGGCUACACCAUCUUUGAGAGUCAUGGCUACUCCCAGUGAGGAGGCUCCUGCUCGGAGGGUGAGGCGGGGUCCAAAGGCUGUGGGCAAGAAGAGGAAGCUUGUGCUUGACGCGGCGACGGUUCUGCAUGGAGACGUGAUGAGGCAACAGUUGGCGAAUUCAAGUGACAUUCGGAGGGUGCGCAAGAAAGCUCCAUGCACUCGGAGUGAGCUGUGGAUCGUGCACAGACAGACAAUAGGACAACAAAUCUUUAGCGAGCCUUCCGUGCCUGGUGUGAGCGACGCGUUGCGGGUGCUUUAUGACCGUGUGUUAGUGACUGGUGCUGCGGACUUGCCAUCAGCUGGGCGUGAACGGGAAGUCACCCCCGAGGCAUACCGGGAGGAACCAGAAGUUGAGCGAGCAGCGGGUGCUGAACCGGCGGGUGAGCUGGUCGAGGAGCCAGGUCUGGAGUUGGCUGUGGAGGAGCCAGUCAUGGAGGCAGUUGCUGAAUUGCCACCUGAAGCAGGUUUGCUUGGCAUCGAAUCGGAGUUGUUGCACAAGGUUGCUGCAGAAGCAGAGGCCGUAGCAGAGGCGGUUGCGGGAGGGGAGGCCGUAGUCCUGGAAGGAGUGGAUGGAAGAACUAUUAUCGUGCUGGAGGACGACGGGACAAUUAUUGACGAGGGCCCAUCUUCGUUGGUUGCAGUGAAGGAAGAAGUUGUUGAGGAGGAGAUUCAGGAAGAGGAACUUGGGUUUCUCGGGGAGCCAAGAGAAACAGUGUUCCUUCGAGACGAUGAAGGCGAUCUGCACGAGGAGGCUGAGAGUUAUUACAACUUCGUUCAAGAUUUUGGUGGCUGGUCAGCUCGCACGAGGGCUGUAGGUGGAUACCUGCAAGGAGUCUUCGCCGGCUUGGCCGGUGGUGCAGAGAUUAGAGAAAAGGAGCAGUCUCCUAAAAUCGGGCUCCACUACACACUUCGGGGAAAGACGAGGAAAGAAGCGGCUCGGUUGUUUUUCGAGACCUUGGUAUUGAAGACGAAGGACUACGUGGAUGUUGAGCAACUGCAACCGUACGGGGAGAUCUACAUUUCAGCACAGCCCAAGCUAAUGACGGCCAGCUUUUAGGGUUCCUUGGCAAGGAGAAAUCUGUCUUAAGUUCUGUUAGUGGAAGUUACGCACAUUAGAUGGACCCCCUUCAGUAGUUUGUGAAUAGAUGAGUCGUAGACACCAGUCUUUUAGGGUGCCCAGUGUCACUCUUCUAAUAAUGUACACUACAUUCUCGAGAUUGCCGUCAUCUGGUUGAGAUUGUAUUCUUUAUGGAUUCUUUUGUAUAAAUUAUUUCAUUUUUGGUUUCC